CUGUCUGUCUGGGAUGUAGUAGCCUAGUGGUUAAGAUGUCGGACCGCUGAUCGGUAGGUCAUGUAUCUCAGGUCCACUAAGUGUCCACUGGCUUUAACCCUCAAUCGGUCAGGAGUAUAAUUGAGAUAAAAUUGUAAAUCGCUCUGGAUAAAUGUGUCUGGCAAAUAACGGAAUAUAAACGUCUGACUGUUUGUCUGUCUGUAUAAAUGAACAAACCUCCACGAUCACAGAACUCAACCAUCUGAACUGAACCAUCUGAACUGAUUUACUCAGCAGUGACGGAGCCCCUACUGACUCUGGAGUGAUUUUAAAUUCAGCAGUAAAGCGGCUCGGCCACUGCAGCGCCUCGGCCCUCACAGCUUUAUUCGUUUGUAUCCGGCGUGGCUAUAAGCACAGAAACUGGAGUUCUUGUGGUUUAAUCUAGGAGUUGUGUUUAUUUUGAUGGCUCCCGGUGGCGUUUUAGAUGUGCUGACGCUCUCAUUUGGUGUCCGUGUGAGAGUUGAGGGGACAAAGUGCGACGGCGGCGGCGACUCCUCGAGGUCCCUCCCACCAUCAGAGGCUUAGUGACUAAAUCAUGUGGUGUAAUGACUUAAUUAUUAGCGGCAACACCGCUGUGUUAUUACACACCAGCGUCCUGAGGUAAACUGCUCAUUUCUCACACCACACCGUGGUCUUUAAUAAGCAGCUUCUGGAACGUAAUGACUGCUUUCUCUCAUGCUGCUGUCUUUAUAAAGCCCUCUGACCACCGACUGUCUGCUGUCGCUCGGAGACUGCACAAGGGGGCACUUACUUUUUCCUGUGUGUGAUCGGAGGAUCCUACAGCGUCAUGACUCAGACCUCAGCCCAUGGCUGCAGUCAGCUGACCUUGACCUUUGCCCUUAUCCUGUUUCUUGGCCUAUUAUGUUGGCCCUCAGGAGAGGUCAGAGGUCAGACUGCGCUCCCUCCUGCUGUGAUCCUGCAGGAUCUGCUGAGCCGAUAUGGAGAAAACGGGACCAUCUCGGUGGCUCAGCUCCGGUCGCUGCUCGCUCACCUCGGACAGGAGCAGAGCGGAGAGAAGACGCCACACACGACGACGCAGACGAUGAUGAAGAAAACUAACAACAACACGUGUUUACCCACAGACACUUUGGCGGCUCACGGUCUGAGUGAGAAGUCCCGUUUGGACGCUCCGGGCCUACAGGAGUUCUGCCCUACCAUGCUGCAGCAGCUGGACUCUCGAGCAUGUCACGAUGAACAGAACCAAGAACCAGAACCGAGCGCCAAACCGUCCAACGCUGAAGUGUGGGGUUACGGGUUCGUGUGUGUUACGGUCAUCUCGCUGUGUUCGCUGCUCGGUGCCAGCGUGGUGCCGUUCAUGAGGAAAACCUUUUACAAACGGCUGCUGCUCUACUUCAUAGCUCUGGCCAUCGGCACGCUUUAUUCCAACGCGCUCUUUCAGCUCAUCCCUGAGGCUUUUGGUUUUGACCCCAUGGAGUCGUAUUACGUGUCCAAAUCAGCCGUCGUCUUCGGAGGCUUCUAUCUGUUCUUCUUUACGGAGAAAGUCCUCAAGAUGAUCCUCAAACCUAAACGCAGGGAAGGACACGGACACAGUCAUUUUCCUGUGGGAAACGGUGAUAUGGAGGACGGAGUGAUGGAGAAGCUGCAGAACGGAGAGGCAGGAGGAGCCAUGUCCUUGCCUCAGGUGGACGGAGAGAUCAGAGAGGACGACAAAAUGCUGAGCGCCGGACAAACGGCACAGGACACUCAGGGGGGAUGUUAUUGGUUGAAGGGUCGAGCGUAUUCUGACAUUGGCACCCUGGCGUGGAUGAUCACUCUCAGUGACGGACUCCAUAACUUUAUAGACGGUUUGGCCAUCGGAGCAUCGUUCACUGCUUCAGUUUUCCAGGGCAUCAGCACAUCAGUGGCCAUCCUGUGUGAGGAGUUUCCUCAUGAACUGGGUGACUUUGUGAUCCUGCUGAACGCCGGGAUGAGCAUCCAGCAGGCUCUGUUCUUUAACUUCCUGUCAGCCUGCUGCUGUUAUUUGGGAAUGGGAUUUGGGAUUCUGGCAGGAAACCAGUUCUCGCCGAACUGGAUCUUCGCUCUGGCCGGAGGAAUGUUCCUCUACAUCGCCCUGGCUGACAUGUUUCCCGAGAUGAACGAAGUGAGUCGUGAGGAAGAGGAAGCUGGAGGAAGGGCACACCUCGUGACCUUCGCCAUCCAGAACGCCGGCCUGCUCACCGGUUUUGCCAUCAUGCUCCUCCUGACUAUUUACUCAGGACAGAUACAGCUCGGAUAGCCCCGAAAACGAUAGAACCGACUUCACCUUUAACCUUUAAACCCCUCCCUCAGAUUCAGGUUCUACCCAAUGAGAAGUGAGUGCAGGACUCGGAUUUGAGCUCUGAGCCUGAGGUUAACUGUGCAAUGUUGAAGGAACUCUGAGGAGCUGCUGAUAGGCUUAAGAAGGAAAAACAAACUCUCUUUGAGCCAACCCAGAUGCAAAAUUACAAUUUUAACUGACGUACAAUAUGCAUUUGUGAUUUUUCUCUUUUUGUUUUUCUCUAUAUUGCUUUUUCUUCUUUAGUUAUUGUCUGUUCUCUUUCACCAUAAUGGACCAGUUUGAGGAGAACACUUUGAUCAUCUAAUAGCCUUCACUCGAUCUGCUUCAGCUCCAUGUUUAGUCAGUCAUGUUUAAAGCUUGAUGUUUUGGUUCAAUGCUUCAUUUGAAAAGUAUUUGAAGUUUGCUGAUGGUUUGAUGUUUGUAGACUAGCUCUCUAUCGUAAGGUAACGGUUUCAUCCACAGCUCCUGAUAAAAACACUGAUAUAAAACAUCAUGUUUUGCACCAGAUAAUUAAAGGUUGUGUAUUUAUACUCUUUAAUCUAACCCCUUGUUGUGUUCCCCUGACAAGUCAGAGAUGCCCUCAGACAAUUCGAAAGAGAACCUCGCAGUUAAACUGGUUUCUACAGUGUUCAUGUUGGCUUCUAUAUGGCCUUUAAGAUGUAUUUUUUUCAAAAAACCUUUCUCACUAGCACUGAAGAAUUCCAAAUAAAUAUGAUCUUCGCUAUUUCUUGUUAGCCUGCUAGCUAGAGUUAUAACUUCAAAUCCUGACACUAGUUCAUUUUAGCCUGCUAGCUAGAGUUAUGACUAAAUUAUCUUGGAUAUCCUGUCAGAUUCACUCGUGUUAUUCAAUUAGCUAGCAUUAGCUGAUAAUCAUUUGUGGACUAAAUUCGUCGCUGUCAUCCGCUGACGCUAGACAGCUAGCAAGAAAGCGAUCUUUUAUGAAUAAGACUUAAAUCUUCUCAGGAUAGAUUAUGUUAAGAUGCUUACUAUCUGACUAGUUUUAGCGAAUAACCUUUUAUGAUUAAGCAAAAUUUUCCCGCUAAAUAAUGUGUAAACAUUCUUGAAUAUAACUUCAAGAAAUACUACCAGACGUCCUGUCAACUUAGCUGUUUUAGCAAGUUGCUAUUGUUAUUGAUAAAAUGUAGGUAAGCACAUGAUAAUCUUCUCAUUAGCCACUUGCAUUAACAAAAGAACAAAUUACAUAUAAGCAUAACUCCUGUCAGGAGGAAGCUUCUAAGUAAAGUUUAAAAUCCUCUUUAAAUACUUAAAAUCUUCUCUGAAAUUCUGUCAGUAGUUGAUGUUUCCUGUCUAGCUAUAUUGUUAUGAUUUUAAAUCCUGUCUGGUCAGCUCACGUUAACCUGCUCACUAGCUAGCUUUACCAAAUAAACUUUUACAAAUAGAGGUUUAACUCCUGUCAGAAAUCUUGUCUUAUCAUUCAGUUCUCUAUGUAGCCAGUGUUAUGAUUAAAAAUUCUGUCAGGUUAGUCCAUGCUAGUUGGCUAACAGAUCCUGAAUAUGACUUAAAAUCUGUCAUUAAUUACUAUUCUCCUUCUAGCUAGUGUAAUUAUAUAAAUCCUGUCAGGUUAGCCUGCUCACUAGCCAGCUAGAUUUACCAAAUGAACGUUGUUAACUCAUGAAAGGAUUUCUGACAGAAGUUAAACUUGGACUAGUAAAAGUUUUACGUGAAGGUAGCGCUGCGAUUUAAAAUCACGUCCUGUUAGCUUAUGUUAGCUAGCUAGCAGAUAAACAUUAAUGAAUAUGACUUGAAAUCCUGUCAUUAGUUAACUUUCCCUGACUAGCUAGAGUUAAAACUAAAAAAACUCUGUCAGCCUCGCACAUGUUAGCUGGCUAUUUCCAGUGAAAGCACAAAAAAACUGAAACGACAGGGAUUUGAACAUUUUCUCCGAGGUUUCAAAGUUAUGGGAAAACAACAAGAGGUGUUUGUUAAAUACAGUUUUUUAAAGUAGUGAGGUUUUUAAAAAAUAUAUCCCCUGAAGAAUUCUCCUGAACACAUCAACUGGUCACAUUCUCAUACUAGCAAUGCAAACAAGCUAAAUUAUCACUUAGCUUAGCUUAGCUUAGCUUGUGUGGGCUGCCAUUUUUCCCCUCAAACAUCAUUCCAGAGUAUCAAACAUCACCAUCAUCAUUGUGGUUUAGUUAAAAGUGCAGGCACUAUUGUGUGGCUAUGUUUAUUUCUUAUUGUAUUAUUUCUCAGAGAAUCACAAAAUCAUGUCUAGUCGACCAAAUAAGAGCCUUUAUUUUACGUUUGCUUUUUUUGUUUCUAUUUAAGAUCUAAAAUUUGUUUUUGUGGUUUUACUUGUAUAGUGUUUUUUUUUCUUUUGAUUUUGUGUUUUGGUGGUGUGUCUUUUGUAUGAAGCAGUUCUCAUCCUGACAUGUUGUUUCAUAUUUAUUUCAAAUCUGCUGUAUGUAUUAUGUGAUACACCGGAGUGUGUCUGCAUUCCUGUAAUAUAAUACAGUGACACUUUACGUUAUGAUUCCUUAAAGUCGGAUAACGUUUAAUUAACCGCAAACCUGAGUGUUAUUACAUCAUAAAUCAUGCUAACUGACAGGAAACGCCACAAUUAUGCAUUUUAAAAAUCGUUGAGUGAAAACAUGGUGUCCUUGCGAUUGAGCUGUUGCUAUAGAAACGAUAACCUGCGAUUUGAAUUACAGAUGAAAAUACAAUCAACUGAACAAUCAAAAUCAAGAGUUCAGAAGGUGAUUCGUUUGGAUAUUUGACGUUGCCUAAAGUUAAACUUCUUGCUGAGGUUUAGAAUUUGUUAACGUCACACAGAACCUUAAAGUAAAGGGAACUUGUGGAAGUGUUAAGGAUUUGGUUCAGGGUCGGCAUCACUGGGUCAUCAGGGGUCACGGUUUUAAGUCUUUUUUUUUUGUUUUUAGAUUUUGAGUCUAAUUUUAUAGACACUUUAAGAUCGGUCUUCCAAGUGAAUUUGUCUAAAUUUGGUUUAAAAAGGGAAUCCUAGUGAGAUCAGCACAAGUGUAGACACAAUAUUAUAUUUCCGUUUCUGUUUGAAAGGGAACCGAUUCUUUACCUACGCCUCUUACGCUUUGCAGCUAUCAGGGUGUGAGAUCACCUACAGUGACGUAUCUGAUAAAAAGUUUAAUCUGUGCAGAAACGUUAGCUAUAAACAGGUCAAGUAACUAAUACACUAGUUACUCAGAGACCAUAUUUGACCCUGAGCUUUCAUUUACAUUGACACACUUUCAUGACAGUAUUUUGCUUCUGUGCUCUUUUUUCUCCAGUGCAUUGAAUUUCAUCUCUGGAAUAUAUUUAGAUUUUUUUUUUUUACUUACAAGUGGACCUGACUUAACUGGAUCAGCUUGUUUUUCACCGAGACAAAAAGUCCGUCAUCUCAACCCUGCUAUCGAACGUAAAGAUGAUUAGCGCAUUACGGAAACCAUGUCCAGUAAUUCUGUUCUUUGCGUUGUGUCCGAUGACUGUGACAGUUUGGGUGCAGGAAAACAUUGAAGCUGUGGGAUAAAUUAGAUUAUUCAUCAUUUGUAGUUUAGGAGAUUAAAUUAAAUUGGGUGAAGCGAUUUCACAGGAUGCGUCUUGAUCUUCCAGCUGAAUGUUUUGUUUUAGUUGGUGACAUUUUGAGUCCGUAUACGAACACACGUGGAUGGACGUGUUUGUGUGGUUUUUUUUGUGUGUCGUUUAAUCAUGUUUAAGCCAUUGUUUCAGCAUCAAGUGGUUGACAAACUUUUUUUUUUUUUUUUACCUGUUGGUUUCAAGCCAUCAAUACAGUAGUUGUGCAAAGAAUGAAAAAACAUUUCAAUGCAAAAGUGUAAAAUGAUUGUUUUUACAUGAUUCCAGGCUGAGUAAACUUCAGGCAAGGUUUGUUUGACUUAAACAAUCCUUAUACCUCGUGAUUAGAUGUUAAUUUAGGGGGCAGGUGGUGGCUCAAGUGAUUUAAGGCUCUGGGUUGUUGAUCGGGGUUUUCAGGCCCCAGCACUGCCAAGCUGCCACUUUUGGGCCCUUGAGCAAGGCCCUUAACCCUCUCUGCUCCAAGAACGCUGUAUCAUGACUGACGCUGCGCUCUGACAACCUCCAAAGUUGGGAUAGAAUUUCACUGUGCUGUAAUGUUUAUGUGAUAAAAUAAAUAAAAGCUUCUAUCAAUUA